GCCCUGGCAACGAGGGGAGCGCGGCCUGGUCCGCGGGGCGCCAUGGCGGGGGUGCUGCUGUGCGAGCCCGGCCGCCUCUACAACGCCCUGCACCAGCACCGCCGCCUGCCCAGGCUGGCCGAGCCCAACUACCUCAGCCUGCUGGAUGCCCGUACUCAGCGCGAGUACAACGAGAGCCACAUCGUUACAGCACGCAAGAUUAAACAGAGUCCUACAGGGGAGUACCUGGUGCCGGAUUCAGAGGAGCUUGCGUGUGUCAGAUACUGCGUGGUGUAUGACUGCGAGACCAGCUCUUUAGACUUACCUGACGAUGAGGAAGAGGAGAAAGAAAAAGGGAGCAAUGGUUCUUCAGAGACUGCAAACACUGACUCAAGUUCCUUAUGUUCACAGAAUGCCGAGGAAGGAACUGCCGUCCGACACGCCAGAAGCUUACAGCAGUUCACCCGCCACCCUGUGCUCGUCCUGAGGGGAGGAUACAAGCGGUUUUCAGCUUGCUAUCAUUUUCUGACUACCCAGAAGAUACUGUGGAUGCCUCAGGAACUAGACAACUUCCAGCUGUACCCUGUAGAAAUACUUCCUGCAAAGUUAUACAUGGGCAAUUUCAAGCAGGCCUGUGACCAACAGAUUCAGAAAGAUUUGAAGAUCAAAGCACAAGUCAAUAUUUCUGAGCAGCCUGCAGCACUGUUUGCAGAAGAAGGCAAAUAUCUCCAUAUAUCUGUUCCAGAUUCACUUGAAGCAAAUCUUUUUUCUUCCUUUCCCACCAUUUGUCAUUUCAUAGAUGCCCAGCUGGAUCUCGGAGCAGUGCUGGUGUUCUCUAGCCUGGGGAUAAGCCGGAGCAGCACAGCAACCAUGGCCUAUCUUAUGCAUUCCCACCAGUUUUCCCUGAAGAAAGCUUGGGAUCACGUUCUGAAAUGCAAAGAGAACAUGAGACCGCACCGGGGCUUUGUGAAACAGCUUUCAGACUGGGAGGCCCGAAUCUACGGCACCACGAUCACAGACAUCUCUGAACCAAACUAUUGACAGCACAGGGAACACCCAGCAGGGGAAGACGCUUCCCUGUCCACGCCACCAUCUGUCCCGUAGGUAGAAGGUCAAUGGAAAUCAGUUGAAAAAGCUCUGAACGUAAUGGGAUUCCUUCAUCUUUA